AUGUCGGCUCUGGUUAUUGGUCAGCUUCAGGAGGCCGAAUCUUCCUCUAAAUUGCCUCCGAAGCUUUUGGCAUGGGGUUGUUACCCAACCAAAUUGCGUCUCAAUAUUUACUCGAAGGCUCACGUCAUCGGAACUAUUGCGUCUUGUCUCCAGGGUUCCCAAGACAUGGAGACUAUAAUGGGGUCUCAAUUUGGCAGGCUAUUUGAGUUGCAUGUUGCUCGUUGCCACAACUCUGCGAAGCUAAUAAACAGCUUCCUCUGCCGUCAGCUUAUUACCGUGCGCAAGUAUGAGCUUUGGUUCCACUUUGCGACUCAUCCUCUUCGCUUCUCACUGGAUGAGUUUCAACAAGUAACUGGGUUGAACUGCGGAGCAUUCUAUGAUGCCGAUUCUGAAGCAGAGGACGAUCCAGGUUCAACUAUGUGGCGCGAGCUUUUUGAUACAGCGCUUGGUGACAUUACGAAACAUGUUCCUUUGGCUCUCAUUGCGCUGGUUGAUGGUGUCAUAUGUUGCAGUAAUAAACGGCUCAACCUGACUCCGAAGUAUGUCGAGAUGCUUUGCGACGUAGAGUACUUCUUGGAGUAUCUUUGGGGUAGAGAGUCGUUCUUGAAGACUUUACCGCGUUUGUUGCCGCCUUAUACAAGCGAAGACCCACUGGGAGAAAUGCGACACCGGUUAUCUCAACAGACCUCAGCUGCCUAUGGAUUCCCUUUGGCUCUUCAGUUGUUCGCUUUUGAAGCGGUGCCUUUGCUGUUGCCAAAGAUUCCCAACGCAUAG